AUGGAGUCAUCAGCCACCAUUGCAACCGAUCGUUCUACUCAACUAAAUGCUUUCGAGGAAUCCAUGACCGGCGUGAAAGGCCUUGUUGAUUCCGGAGUCACAGAGUUUCCGGCUAUCUUCCGUGCGCCUCCUGCUGUUUUAACAAGCCUUAAACCACAGCCAGCUUCGCAUCUCGCGAUCCCGACCAUCGAUCUGAAAGGAGGAGUGAACUACAAGAACCAAAACUCGGACACGCGGCGAAGCGUGGUGGAGAAGAUAGGGGACGCGGCGGAGAAAUGGGGUUUCUUCCAGGUGGUGAAUCACGGGAUCCCGCUGAACAUGGUGGAGAAGAUGAGAGAAGGGAUUCGCAGGUUCCACGAGCAGGACGCAGAGACGAAGAAACGGUUAUACACUCGUGACCACACUAAGAAAUGGGUUUACUACAGCAACAUCGAUCUCUACACAGCUCGGGCCGCGAGUUGGAGAGAUACAUUCUCUUGCUAUAUGGCCCCUGAUCCUCCCACUCUCGAGGACUUGCCAGCGGUUUGUGGGGAGAUAAUGCUGGAGUACAAAAACGAAAUAAUGAAGUUAGGUGGACUGCUGUUUGAGCUUCUAUCAGAGGCUCUUGGGUUGAAACCUAACCACCUCGAUGACAUGGGCUGCACCAAGUCUCUUGUCAUGUUCGGACAGUAUUACCCACCUUGCCCUCAGCCCGACCUUACUCUAGGGUUAAGCAAGCACACCGAUUUCUCCUUUCUAACAAUUCUUCUUCAAGGCAACUUCCCAGGGCUUCAAGUUCUCCAUGACCACUACUGGGUCGAUGUUCCUCCCGCCCCUGAGGCUUUUGUCGUUAACAUCGGAGAUCUUCUCCAGCUUAUAAGCAAUGACAGGUUCAUAAGCGUGGAGCACAGAGUAACAGCGAAUGGAGCGGCUGAGCCGAGGAUUUCAGUGCCGUGUUUCUUCAGCAGUGUCAUGAAGGAGAAUCCUCGAGUGUAUGGACCCAUCAAAGAGAUUCUGUCUGAACAAAACCCUCCCAAGUAUAGGGAGGCUUCCCUCAACGAGUUCUCAAAGAUAUACGGGGCUAAGGAACUCAAUACAUCCAUCUUACAACAUUUCAAGAUCUGA